AUACGUAUCUUUGACAACUUUCCUUAACAACGAGACAACAACGCGAUAACAAGAGUUUCAGUUAUGGUUUCUCGAUACGUACCAAGAAAUAUGUAACUUAAAACGAACCUUUUGUUAACUAAAUAAUAAGCGAUCAUGGUAUACGCGAACGAAGUCACCGAUAUAGUAGAUCGGAUGAUGAAAGUAAAUAUUUUUCCAUCGUCGGAAAAACUUGCGAUGUUGAGGGACAAGGAGAUCCUCGAUCCAAACUUAAUUAUGGACGCUAGGCAUCGAAUACUUCGAGAAGAUUUAUCUAUUUCACCUACAAAACACUCCGUUUUAGCAGAAACCAGGAGGUUGUUGACGGAGGAGGAGUCGAGGCAGUUAUAUAUAAAGAAACAGCAAAGAUUUCUAGAACAAGAGUUGCAAAAAUUUCAAAGAGAACUCGAUAAAUCUAGAGUGACGCUUUCAAAACCGUACGUGUGCAGGAAGAGGAGUUUUGUACCUUCGGAUGACGAAGACUUUUGGAGAACGUCUAGAAGAAUUAAAAACAAGAUGACAUUUGAGGAGAAAAUGGAAAGACACGAUACCGGUGAAAAUAUUAUCGAUACGUUUAGAAAGAAAAGUGCAACAGAAGUUGACGACUCUUCCAUGAAAAUGUUGGAUAUGAAUGACACAAGGGAAACGGAAUGCGAAGUAUCGUGCAUCGGAAAUAUAAAAGUAACAAUCAGAGACAAACCUAACUUUGAUUCGCAAACGCAAUAUUUGUCCCUUUUAAGAAAAUGUUUCGAUGCCUUCAAGCAAAAUGUCAAGGAAAAAGAACGGCUUCGCGACAUUAAGAUGAAAAUUCAACAAAAUUUGAUUUCUAGGAUGACAAGAAAGUAUUUCGACAUUUGGAGAGCGUAUACGAAAACGACCGAUACCGCGCAGAGACAAACGGAACUACUUUCAGAGGAGCAAAGGAUCGAAAAAUUUAUAAAUACAAUUACGGAACGCCAGAACGAAUUGACGAAGGCUCAAGAUGUAAAAGUUAGAGAUAAUAAUUUGGUCGUAAAGAAAACUAGUAAUACAGAAAUAAGGAAACGGAACACUUAUGCUAAACCUAUUAACGUCGAAUCACCCGCACAAAGUCGAUUGUGUGCUCAAAGACAGAUAAUAGAAAAACAAAGAGCGAAAUUGAUCGAACAGAGCAAGAUCAUCGAGGAAUUAAAAUUGAAUCAAGCGCAGAAGGAAAUAUUCAGAGCAACCAAAGAUACAGUGGAUAUGGCUAAAGAGACGCUCGCUCACUGCGGCCAAAAGACGAGGAGAACUUUGAUUCUGUUGAUGCAGCAAAAUGGAUACAGGGAUGAAAGUUUGACGGUGCGUCAACGAUCGCAAGAUCCACCAAAAUUUUUGUUAAGAAUGGAAGCUCGAGCAGAAGCUAGACGUGAAAGGAUAAAACUAGCCGAAGAAUCACGCAGGAAGAGACUGCAGGAAAAAGAAAGGAAGGAAGAGGCUGCUCGAAUAGAAGAGGAACAGAAGAAGAGGAGAUUACAACGAGAGGCUUUAACUCAGGCACGAAGACUAUGGAAAGAACAAGAACGAAAGCGACAAAAUGAAAUAGAAAAAUUGAAAAGAUUGAACGAUAUGGCAGACGAAUUUUAUCGAAAAUAUCUUCUAAGACGUUAUGGAAUAGAACCAUUAAUGGGUUUUGUUGAACGAAAAAAGAGUAACAUUGAAAAGAUAGACAACCGUUAUAAGGAAAAUUUAACAAGGAACGUAUUUAUAGCAUGGAGAAGAGAAACAGAGAUUCGAUGUAAAAUUGUAACUGAAUUUGCGGAGACUUUUUAUAAUAGAAGCUUAAUGGUCAAGACUUUCCGAGAGUGGAAGCAGAUGACUAAAGAAGGAAACGUGAAAUAUCAAGUUGCCAUUGAUUUCUAUGAUAUGAAACUUUUAGACAGAUACUUCAAAUCGUGGCAAAUAAUAACACUUGAACUGAAAGUACAAUACGAAUGCAAAGAGAAGUUAGCUAGCAAUCAUUAUAAAAGUAAAUUAAAAUUAAGAUACUUCUUUACGUGGAAAAAGUAUCUCACGAUUGCUGUAGAUAUCGCGGAAAGUGAGAAGAGAAAAGAUAAAUUAAGGCAAUUGGUGCAGACAGUGAUUCCUGACUUUGAUCCUAGACAGAGAGGCGUAGCAUUAGAGGAUUAAAUUAAUAUUAUAAUAUUUAAUUAAAAUACAGAAAUUGUAUCGU